GCAAAGUUUUGGCAAAUCAUUCCAAACUGUCAAACCGCAUGACAUCAAAAGUAUCACAAAAAAAGAAUUCGCUCUAAAUUACACGAAGCAAUUGCACGUAGUUUUGUUAUUAACAGGUAUUUCAGAGGAAAAGUAAUUCAUAAUGUCCAACGUCAACGUUGCAAGCUACCUGGCGGAACAGAAGAAAACCACCGAUAAAGAUCUAGCGGCCGAAUGGACGGUGCUGGAAGAGUUGUACAACGAAAAGCUUUGGAAUGAAUUGACCAUAAAGGUGGACACCUUCGUGAAGCAUCCUGCCCUACAGAACGAGGAAGCUUUGCUUGCGCUGUACCACAACUUCAUCGCCUCCUUCGAAACAAAAAUCAAUCCUUACGGUUUGGUGGAAAUCCUCACCGUCGUCAUUUCGUACCUUUCCGAUAAGAAGGAAGCGAUUGCGUUCCUCGAGAAGCUAAAGGACAAGGUGAAAAUCUGCGACCAAGCCGUAUGGAUGUGCAAGGUGCUGCAGGGCCAGAUCCAUCUCGAGCAUCUGAACCAGCUGGAUGAGACGAAAAAAAUCAUCGAAGAUCUGAAGGACAUCCUCGAGGAGGCGGGCAAUGUGACGCCGGUGCACGGCAAAUACUACAUGCUAGCAGCCAACUACUAUCGAUUGGUCGGCCAGCACAGUGAUUACUAUCGGUGUGGUUUGCAAUUUUUGGGCUGUUCGAUCGAUACCUACCCUAAAGAUCAGUGGGCACAGCAAGCUUUCUGCCUCGGUUUGGCGGCACUGCUUGGCGAAGGCAUCUACAACAUCGGAGAGCUGCUAGCACAUCCAAUCCUUGAAUCGCUCAACGGUACCGAAAACGAGUGGCUGGUGGAGCUGCUGCGUGCGUUCAACUCGGGCGACAUUGUCAAGUUCGAGCAGAUGAAGCCGAAAUGGAGCUCGAUUGCCGAUCUGGCCGCGCAGGAGGUGAAGCUGCGGCAGAAGAUUUCACUCCUCUGCCUGAUGGAGAUGACGUUCAAGCGGCCGGCCAACAAGCGCACCAUCACGUUCGACGAGAUUGCCAAGGAGGCGAAACUGCCGAUCAAGGAGGUCGAAAUACUGAUCAUGAAGGCGCUGGCCCAGGGGCUGGUGAAGGGUGCGAUCGAUGAGGUGGCCGGUGUGGUGAACAUGACCUGGGUGCAGCCCCGCGUGCUCGACCGCAAGCAGGUGGCCGGUAUGGCCUCUACCCUGGACACGUGGAUGUCGUCCAUCACGUCGAUGGAGCAGCUGAUCGAGAGCCGGGCGAGCGAAAUUCUCACCAACUGAGACUGUGCGAAGGAGUGGAAAGGAGUGGAAACACAGCUCUUCCCCCCUCUUUACGCCCCACACCCACGCAGUCGCUGAGCGCGUUUGUUCAAGCUGAAGUUUACACUUAAAUAAAUGAAUAAGACUCUAUAUUUCAUUAUAACAUAAAA